AACAAAUCAUGUCAAAUUAAUACAUAUAUCGUAGAAAAAACAUGUUUACAAUAUCAACGUACAUGAACAUUUAGUUAGUGCAAGACACGAUAAAAAUGAUAUUCCUGCAAAAGCUGACCAUUGUCUUAACCACGUUAUCAAUUUCAUCUGGUCAUAAAAUGUAUAUGGAAGAACGAUGUGGAAAGAAGAUUAGCAUGGAUGGAAUAGGUAUAACCUGGAUGCGCCUAAAACCGUCAAGACGUGUUCAUUAUUCUCCAAACGUGAAUUGUACAGUCAACAUUGAGACCGAACUGAAUAAGCAAAUUGUAAUAGUGUUUAUGUCCAUUGAUAUUGAAUUUGAACCUCAUUGUGAUGACGACUUUCUGCUCCUGUAUGACGGAAACAGUACCAAAAGUAAACUAGUGAAUGGUGUAAGAAGAAAAGUUUGUGGAUCAGUUUCGCCUUCGGGGUCCUUUAUAACAACAUCAAACGUGUUGUCAGUCUAUUUUAAAUCAGAUGCAUGGUCUAAUGAGAAUGGAUUCAACCUUGUUAUUACAAGCUUUCAUGAAGGUACGUUUAGCAUAUGCAAAGCAAAUGAGUUCCACUGUGAGAAUGGAAGAUGUAUAUCUGAUUACUUGACUAAUGAUGGAAUGAAUAACUGUGGGGAUGGCAGCGAUGAAUUUGAUCUCAGUAUUGGAGCUAUCUGGGGAGUUGUAGUUGGAGUUUUUAUAGUAACAACUAUAGGUGUAUGCAUCGCAAUAACAUCAAGAAGAAGGAAAAGAAAAACAUCAAAAACUGUAAAAGACAAAAAGAAUUCAGUAAAAAAUGAAAAACCUUGGAAACCGGAAGAAAUUUCUCCUCCUGAAGGACGAAAAUCUUAUCAACAAUGUGUGCAUUCAGACAUAAGCCAGCAAUUUCCAGGUAUCCAAGAAAACAGUCAAAAUAUUCACAUGGAGUCAGAUGGAGGCAAUCCCAAUUUUAAUUCUGUGAACUGUGAGAAUAACUCUCAUAUGAAUUUCAUUAAUACUCUAAUGGAAGAUUAUGUACGUGAGAUAUUUGAGUUAAAGAGUAAACGAAGUCAAUCAGUCUGGUAAAUUUAUACUGCUUCAAUCGUCUAAAUUGAUCUUCAAAUGUGUUUGCUUUUUGAUUUGCCCCAAUUAUACUUAAUAAAAGAAUUCCUCAUUUUAAAGGUUUUCAUAGCAUCUUAACGAACAUAUAUUCAUUGUGUUUUUUUCACAAAAUAAACAUACAAUAUAAAGUGAACAAAAUUGGUAUUUUUAUCAAUAACUGUAGGUACCUUGACGUAUGUACCUUGAAACCUGAAACGUUGUCGGUUAUAC